AUGGAGGCAGGCCGAAUGGAAGAUGACGGAGGGAGGCGAGCGAGAGGCUGCGGCCUUACCGGCGUGAAGGGGAAGACCAAAAUAUUGAAAAAGCAAUCCGAUUUGUUUUGGGGGCAAAGUUUCGGUUUCGAACUGGAACUGGAACCAGAGGUGGUGAAGUACUUUGUGGACCCGAAAACCUUUGAGAAGGUGAAAUUCGUGUACCCAAAGAAGGAGGAGAGUGUGGAGCUGAUGAGAUCGUAUUUUGACACGGAGAAUCUCCCGACUGAAUUCGGGGACAUCGGCGAAGAUGUAACUGGAAACACUCCCACCCCGGAUGCAACAGGCAUAGGAUCUUAUCCAGGAGACAAUGGAGUUGAAUUACCCCUCCACUCUACACGGAUUCGGGCGUUCAGACAUUCCCCUCUGCUCUACACGGAUUCGGGCGUCCACCUCCCGGAUGCAACGGGCAGCUCGCUCAACGGAGGUGACGACCAGAGGCGGCGGAGGCUGGUCGGAGGGAGAGGACGACGGCCGAAAGUCGUUGUCGCGUUGAGGUUGACGGAGGUGGCUCGCAGCGGCUUCGCGUGGUGGCAGCGGGGCGUGCGGCGAGGCGACAAGCUUGGGCAGGGGGGGAGGAGGGGAUUUCCGCCAAACAAGAAGCAGAUGGCCCAAGAUGACGUGAAAUUCGCCAAGCUAUGGGGCUUGGACAGGCACCAGCCCAAUGGGCUUGCCGGGCCUGAGGUCGUGCCUCAGCCCGAGCCACUUGUUGCGCCUGUCGGUUGA